AUGACGAGAGCCAUCAGGAGCAGCAAAAGUACCUGCACCCCAUGGACUACCGCCUCUGAUUUCCUCCAAGUUGGACAGAAUGUGGAAGUUGUGCUUAUAACCAAGAGGAACAUAGAUGAUACCAUGAUGGGCCAAGGUGGACAACGAGUUGAGGACAGUGACCUCUUGACCACCACCGGGGGUACCGGUAGAAACAAAUACACCGGCAUAUUUACCCCAGAGAGCACCAGAAGCCCACAAACCACCAGUAGCAUCCCAGAAGGCCUUCCAUUGAGCGGGGAAGUUACCAUAACGAGUGGGGACACCAAACAAGAAAGCAUCGUAGUUGGUCAAGUCAGCAGGGCUGAUGACAGGGUCGUCUGA